AGGAGGGAGGUGGGCAGAGCCCAUUGGCUGCUGGAAGAGGCACCGCCCCUCCGUACAUUUUGCUUCGUUACCCGGGCGACUUCCGGUAAGGCGGAGGCGGCAGAGAAGGCUGCCGGAUCUGACGUUAGGGGGUGUCCUGUAAACCCCGCGGUUUCCUGUCUUCUCCUAGAUCCCUUCUUAAGGUGUUUGCACUGCCGGUUGCCUGAAGAUUUUGCUGUGGUGUUUGGAGAAGCAGAGGGUAAGCUUGCUGUUGGAGGAGUCUUCUUGAGGAUCUUUAUUGCACAACCAGCUUGGGUUCUAACAAAGCCUGGAGAAUUUCUUAGUGCACUAUUGGAAAAAUUAACAGAACUCCUGGAGAAGAACAAUCCUCAUCCUCAGCUGGUAGAUCAAGUCCCACCAUUGGGCCAUCUUCCUAAAGUUAUCUAG